CGCGCCCCCAGCGCGCAGCGGCCAGGGGAGCGCUCUCCUUGGGGCCGCAGGGCGAACCCCGAGGCCGUCCCUGCACCGGCCAUGGCCGCCCCCGCGCCGCCGCCGCAGCCGCCGCCCCCCGAGGGCUUGCCCUGGCCCCUGAGCCUCCUGCCCGCGCCCCUGGGGCUGCUGCGCCUGGACCCCACGGGCGGCGCGCUGCUGCUGCUCGGCCUGACCGCGCUGCUCGGCUGGAGCUGGGUGCGGCGCUGCCGGCCGCCGGGCAUCCCCCCCGGGCCCACGCCCUGGCCGGUGGUGGGCAACUUCGGCUUCGUGCUGUUGCCGCCCUUCCUCCGCUCGAGGUCCUGGGUGAAUUUAGGGACGCAGAUGGUAAACCUGGACCCAUCCAUGCCGGCCACGCAGGUGCUGCUGACCAACCUGGCCAAGGUCUACGGCAACAUCUACAGCUUCUUCGUGGGCCCCUUCCUGGUGGUGGUGCUCAAUGACUUCCACAGCGUGCGCGAGGCGCUGGUGCAGCAGGCCGAGGCCUUCAGCGACCGCCCGCGCAUGCCGCUGGUCUCCCGAGUGACCAAGGAGAAGGGAGUUGUAUUCGCACGUUAUGGUCCAGUCUGGAAACAACAGAGGAAGUUCUCUCAUUCAACUCUUCGUCAUUUUGGCUUAGGAAAGCUUAACUUGGAGCCCAAGAUUAUUAAGGAGUUCAGAUAUGUGAAGGAGGAAAUGCAAAAACAUGGAGGAGACCCCUUCAAUCCUUUCCCCAUUGUCCACAAUGCUGUCUCUAACAUCAUUUGCCUCAUGUGUUUUGGCCAGCGCUUUGAUUACAACAAUAGUGAGUUUAUGAAAAUGCUUACUUUUAUGUCACGAGGGUUAGAAAUCUGUCUGAACAGCCAGCUCCAAUUGGUCAACAUAUGUUCCUGGCUUUAUUAUCUUCCCUUCGGACCGUUUAAGGAAUUCAGGCAAAUUGAAAAUGAUAUUCUCGGUUUCCUUAGAAGAAUGAUCAAAGAACAUCGAGAAUCUCUGGACGCUGAGAACCCAAGGGACUUCAUAGACAUGUACCUUCUCCAUGUGGAUGAAGAGAAGAAAAACAACAGCGAUAGUAGUUUUAAUGAAGAUUACUUACUUUAUAUCAUCAGUGAUCUCUUCAUUGCUGGGACUGAUACCACGACUAACACUUUGCUUUGGUGCCUUCUGUAUAUGUCACUGUACCCUGACAUACAAGUAAAGGUUCACGAGGAAAUUGAAAGGGUCAUUGGUGCUGACCGAGUCCCUUCCUUCACUGACAAGGCCCAGAUGCCCUUCACAGAAGCCACCAUCAUGGAGGUGCAGAGGCUGACGAUGGUAGUGCCGCUUUCCAUUCCACAUAUGACCUCGGUGAAAACAGUGCUCCAAGGUUAUACUAUUCCUAAAGGCACAGUGAUACUGCCCAACUUGUGGGCAGUGCACAGAGACCCAGCCAUUUGGGAGAAACCUAAUGAUUUCAACCCUACUCGAUUUCUGGAUGAGCAAGGACAACUUAUUAAAAGAGAAACGUUUAUUCCUUUUGGGAUAGGGAAGCGGGUGUGUAUGGGAGAGCAGCUGGCAAAGAUGGAACUAUUCCUGACGUUUGUGAGCCUGAUGCAGGGUUUCACAUUCGCUUUACCUAAGGAUUCUGAGAAGCCCAAUCUGACUGGAAAAUAUGGUCUAACUUUAGCCCCGAAUCCAUUUAAAAUAAUCAUUUCAAAGAGAUAAAGAACAUCUCUGAAAGGAGAUGGUGAACAGGAUGUAAAUACAUGUCUUUCUAAACACAUUCUUCUUUCUGCACUUGACAGUGGAUCCAGCAACUUAGCGGAUCCAGGUUAGGCUCAGGUUGGAGACUAAAAAGAGGGUAGAACGUAUGGGAGAUUUCAUCUCCGGGCUCCUCAGCAGGAUACUUCAGCCAUUUUAGUAACGUCUCUCUGUGGUUUAGGGAAUGGGGUUAGAGGACUGGAUUGGGAAGCAGGAGAUCUGGAUUUUAUUCCCAGUGGCUUCUACCAAUGAGCAUUUCUUCUCAUCUCAGUGCCUUAGUCAUUUCAUGUGGUAACAAAACUUGCCUUCUCUCUCUCAGCAUUAAGACAGUCAAAUGCCCUAUACCUUUCCUAACAUCAUCAAAACACUGUUAAGUUCUGAAGAACACAUUUAGGAAUGGAAGGAAGACCGACCUAUUUCAGACCUGUGGCAACAUGAAAGUGGAGCUCAGACGUAAAUACUUUGUCAGAAAAGGAUGUGAGUUUAGACUGAGUUAGAGCUUUCCUUGCCACAAAUCCUGUGCCAGUUUGGGGGUGGGGGGGUGAGGGGGGGUGAGGGUUGUUCUUGUUAAUCUUUCUGUAAUUUUAGUUUUUACUUUUUGUAGACAUGGGAGGAAGUGGACCCUGGUCCAGUGAUGUUGAGGAAAGGUCAUGAAUUUAUAUGUCUAUCUUAUAUUUCAACUACAUGACAGUCAGACUAGCUGAAGACGUGGCUUCAUGGCAGAAUUCCUUUCUGCUGAGUUUACUUGCAAAGAUACAGCUCUACCUUUUGGCUUGAGCCCUAAAUAGUGAGCUUGGGAAUUUUGAUACUAGGAUUCAGAUUGUAGUGAAUUCUUCCCUAUUCUCCCUGCCACCAGGCUUAAUGUAUUGCAUCCUUAAAUACAACCAAGAAAUUAUUAUUUGUAUUAAAAUAAUUGUUUCUUAAUAAAGAAGGCCCCUCUAGAAGAGCAGUUCUCAAUAAAGGUAACGAUCUCUUUUGUGGGGAGGGAGGGUGUUUGGAAAUAUAUGGGUGUAUUUUUUAUUAUCACAAUGAUGGGAGUGUUAUUGGCCUUUGAUGCCUUAGGAUCCGAUGCCAAAUGUCUGAGCAAUUCUGUACAAGAACUGUCCUGCCCAGUAUGCCAGUAUUGCUCCCAAUGAGAACACAGUCCAAAGAAUGAUGAGCCUUUUCCUUUAUUCAUCCACAGUCUCCUUCCUUAUGUAGAAGUAAUCAUGAUAAUAAUAUAAACAACUAGAUUUUUUAGCCUUUCCUUCUGCUGGUACCAUAUUUAGUGCUUUACUUGUAGGCAUACAUAAUCCUUACAGAUUAUUAGGAAGAUGCCAUUUUGUAGCUGAUAAAGCUAAAACUUAGAUGUUUAGGUACCUAGUGAAAAGACUCGUUUCAAAUUUACCAGUCUUUGUGCCUGGAGAGUUCUCUCUAAACCACUUCUCUGUACUGCCACCACUUGAUCCCUAGCAGUCUACCUACUCUCUGCACUUUCAAUAUGGACAAAUGAAACAUAGGCUAAUCUUUAGGUGCCUUGAGGAUUUUUGUUAAUAAAGAAAACACAACUAAUAAACUAAAUGCCCUGGAACAAACUGUACGUAAAUGGAGAGGCUGUGAUAUGGAUUUUAGAUAAGAUACAUGUGUGGAUUAAAGUGCACCUUGAACAGGACAGUUUGUUACUGAUCUGGAAUUUCAUAGGCUUUUGAAUUGCACAGGUAAUUUGGGAUUAACAAAUUUCUUACUCCUUAAUUUUAUACAAGCUUAAUUUCAACUUUCCUAACAAAACAGUUCAUAGCUUACUUGAGGAAAAAACUGUUUUAUGUGUGACUAUGUUGAAAUCAGAUGUUUAUUAAACUCUUAAAUAUAAUAUCUCAGUGUAGCACUUUAAAACAGCUUUAUAUGGCUAGUCACCAAAAAGGCUAUUAAUGCUUUCCUUGCUCAUGUUGACAUUUUAUACUUUAUGAUUUGUUGAAAUGUAAAAACUGUAGCACUUUGUUUUAUAAAUUUGCCUAAUAUCUAAUUUUUAGUCUUCAUCUUUAGCAUAGUUUUUAUGCUUUUAUUAAACAUUUUAGUUUAACU